UUGCGACUGGUGCAUUAGGCUAGCAAGCUAUACUGGGGUUGUAAACACUGAAACGAAAAUCUGCAACGAAUUCUUAUGAAUUUACCUUUGAAUCAACUUUGAGUCAAUAUUUCCUUAUUAAGUACAUUCUGCGGAGGGAUUCAUACAUGUAUUAGGAGAUGAAAAAUCUCAUCUUCAUUACACUUCACAUCAGCCCCGACAUCAAUCUCGGAGUCUGAAGAGGUCAAGGGACGAAUGCAGAGAAUAAGAGAGAUCAUAUAAGACUAGUCAUGUUAGAUGUAGAGGUUGUACCUGGUCGUUCCCUUGGCAGUGAACAAUGGGAGUUUGUCCUGGGAAUGACAUUUACCCAAGCAGUAAAUAUUCUUCGGAGGCAAUACAGGAUCAUUAAGGAUGUCCAGGUCAUUUAUUGUGAAUCGGUCCCACUUACAUUAGAUCUGGUGCUGAAUUUGACACAGGAUGGAAUCAAAUUAAUAUUUGAUUCUUAUAAUCAAAGGCUAAAGAUCAUUGAGAUAUACGAUCUGCACAAAAUCAAGCUCAAGUACUGUGGGAAGCACUUCAACUCACCGCUUGUCUUGCCGACUAUCGAGCAGAUCGAUGGAUCCUUUGGUGCCACUAAGCCCGCUGUCUAUGAUGCAGCUCAGCAGCUUUUUACCAUUAACUUCAGGGGUCUAUCCUUUCUAUUCCCCAUCCCAGCUGAUGCCAAGUUUGAGCAACCUAGUGUACAUGGCCUAGGGUCUAUUCCACUCCCCAGCAAGACAUCGGUUCAAGUCAGUCGUAUCUACAUCUAUGGUGGUAGCAACCCUCAGGAGUCAAAAGCUCCACCCAUUCCAAGCAGUUGUUUCUGCGGCAACGUGUUCUGUGAGAAUGUGGAGACCCUCGAGCAAGAUGGUGUCCCUCAGGGAUUGAAAUUUCACCUUUUAGUAGAUGCGUCUGGCCAGAGCAGAUCACCGGAUGCAAAGAGGCUUGCGGUGGUGAGGACAGUGACGUUUGGAGACUCCUGUCAGGAUGUGAUGAGUAGUCUAGGGGCACCCAACAAGAUCUUCUUUAAAUCAGAAGAUAAGAUGAGGAUCCACUCUAGAUCAUUUCACAAGGAUCAACCCAGGACAUCAGACUACUUCUAUAACUAUUUCACAAUCGGAGUUGACAUCUUAUUUGAUGCUUCUACUCAUUGUGUUAAGAAGUUCAUCUUACAUGCAAACUAUCCUGGUCAUUACAAUUUCAAUAUCUACCAUCGAUGUAAUUUUGAGAUUCUCCUCCCCCAUACAAGGUUCAACAGGGAAGAUGAGAACAAUGAGAGCCCUCUAUCUAUCACAACAUUUACCAAGUGGGACACGUUGAAUCACCGACUGAUACGCUCAUCACAGAAGCCAGUAGUACUGAACAGAGCCUCGGCCAUGAACACAACUAAUCCAUUUGGGUCCACAUUCUGCUAUGGAGUACUCAACCUUAUAUUUGAGGUGAUGCCCAAUAAUCAUCUAGCGUCUGUUACCAUGUAUGACCCAACAGUAGCUUCUAUGGAGACAUUGGACUGAGGAAGCCAUUGUCCUGGACUAUCCAGACCUGGUCUAGCCAAAACGAGGACUAGCUCUAACCAAUGAUGUAUGGAGGCUACAUUAAGCCAUCUUGGUCCUAUAUUAGGCAUCUCAAAAGUUGAUGUCAGGGUUAAAUGAAAAAGUGAUGGAGUUGUUUCUUAUUGGACUGCUGGCUUAUAACUGAGACCAAUGGAUUGUACUGAAACUAUGGUCUUAAACCCCCAAUAGAGCAUUGGACUCGUAUCUUUGUUUAAAAGCACUUUUUUACUUAGGGUAUGUCUAUAUUUGCAACAGAUUUGCUCAUUAAUUCUAAUGCCUUUCCGUGACUAGUAAUUAUUGGUCAUUUAUUUUUAAGUAAUCCCCUGCAUACUGUUCAAAAUCUAUACAGUACUCUCAAUGCUCAUUAAUAAUAUGCCCUCAGAAAUAAGCUUUAAUAAUGAGAUAGCUACAUGUAUCACAACUUAUAACAUGAAAUUAGUCAAUAUGAGCUUAUAAGGAACAUAAUUUUCACAUGUGAGAACCUCACAGGCUUUCAGUCAAAAACCCCUUCAUUAAAAAAUGCCUGCAUAUGCACUUGAUAUAUAUUUAUAUUGUAAUGACAGGGUUUGAACAAGAUAUUGUACACAUUUCCCAAAGUAGUCUUUUAUUUUCCCUCCGUCUUGACGAGGGAGGGCAAUAUUGGUCCUGAGGGAAAUAUGAGUCGAGUAUCUCCCAAAAAUUAAUGCCAGUCAAUGUUAUUAUCCUACAGCAGUGCAAUGUGUAAUUGAUGCCAGUAUUUUGAACAAUUUUCAGUGGUGCUCAAAAUUUCCUGAACCCCACCUGAAAAUGAACAUAUUAAAGUGUUUAUGUACUGCCUUGUUUUAGAUAUUUGAUCUUAAAGUCGGAUGACAAGAUUUGUUUCUGUGGGCUCGCUGAACAUUGUAGUGGUGUUGUUACAUUCAACUCUCGGUGCGAAGGAGUGCAUUUUGUGGUGGGGUUCACUAACAUUUGAGCACCACUGUAUACGCUUGUUUGCUUGUCACUACAUCUGAUUUCAGGCUAUUCAUGAACUUGAUGAAGUUAUCCUUGCUUAACAAUUGUGACAUAAAUUGUUAUCAUGCAGUCACUCACCAUGUAUGGCAUGCUUCGGUAGACUAGCUUUGCCGGGGUAAUAUAGGAGCGCCUUGAGCACCUAGCAAGGUGGAUACGUGCGCUAUACAAAAUCCUAUAUUAUUAUUAUUAUUAUACUUAACAAGUUGAGGACUGAGACCGCAUAUAUGCUGGUUGAAGUCUGGAAAAUACAAUGGGCAAACCGGGGAGAGGGCAACAUGGCAAAUGUUUACCACUUUAGUCUUGGAUUGAAAGUAGUUUGAAAAAUAUGAAUAAAUUAGCUACUAAAAUGCCUUUUAUAGUUUGUAAUAUGAAUCAUCUUGCCGGUUGGAACAAAGCGGAAUGUCAUUUUGAAAUGGAUAUAUCAAGACAUACAUGUAGAUUAACAAAAAGGCAUUACCCAUUAGAAUCAUUUGUUGGUGUGUAAAAUAGAAAAGAUUUAAAUAUAUACCUGUAAUUAUUUAAUUCUUUUGUUGAAAUAGGAAAUUUGUUGUCUAAAUUAGAUGCAUCAAUACAACAAAUAUGUUCUGUCAAAUAUUGUGAAAUAUAUUUAAAUGAUACGUGUAUAAUAUAUAUUAUGUUUCUCAUUAACAAUUAUAUCAUCUGUUUAUUAUGUAAUAAAUAUGUCAAUUUACAGCUA